AUGGCAGCCACCACCGACCCCGGGUCUGCGUCCUCGUCCUCCCCCCUCGUUCCCGGCGAAUCCGCCUACCAUGAGUCCUCCCAGUUCCGCCACUGGCGCUUCUCUUCCACCGGCCUCCACCACCUGCGCCAGGAUCUCAACAGGCGAUCAAUCGAAGUCGCCAAAAAGAACAACGAGCUGGAAAAGCACGCUCAAGACGAGCUUAAAGGCGAUUGGGCUCAGGCAUCGACUCCCGCCGCAUACCUCACUGUCGCAGACGAGCUAUGUCUGGUCAGAUUCUAUUGCCAACAAAUCUCUCAGAUAUGUCGGAGAGGGUUUGCUCUUCCAGAGCAGGUAGAAGCUACUGCGAUCAGCUACCUCAAGCGGUUUUACCUCAAGAAUAGUGUAAUGGAAUGGCACCCCAAAGCUAUCAUGCCGACUGCCCUUUUUCUCGCUGCCAAAACAACAAACUACCCUGUGGCCAUCGAGGAUUUUCUACCGAAGAUGCCAGGCCGCACACAAGAUAGCAUCCUGGGGAAGGAGUUCCUGGUCGCUCAGAGUCUAGGAUUUGAGUUUUGGGACCAGCCGAGACCGCCUAUCGACGACAUCCAAAAGGCCGUGACGAAAGCCCUCCUCAAGCUCACCGAAUCGUACUCUACGGACGCUGAAUUCAUCUAUACGCCGUCUCAGAUAGGCUUGGCUUGUCUGCGCAUGGCCGACAGGAAUCUGGUGGACGCUUUUUUGGAGCUGAGAUACAGCACUGCCGCUGCUUCUACUCUGCAAACGGGCUCCGAUGAGGAACAACCUGCACCGCUCUAUGGAAUAGAGAAGACGAGAUUGAUCGAAAUUUUGGAGAAAAUAGCCAAGAUGAUUGAGUCUGAUGGCAGAGAGCUGGGAAAGGAUGAUGUAAAGCCAGUAGACAAGAGACUGAAGGGCUACACAAAUCCGGAGAAGGUUCCGGGUACUGCCUUAUAUGAAAAGCGCAAAAGAGAAAAGGAGCAAUCCGAGGCAGCUGCCAAAGCCGCCAAAAACCUCAAAUCAAAGGCAUCAGACGCAGACAGCGACAUGUUCUUUGGCGGUGCUCUCCCAUCGUCUGUCACCAAAGAAAACAAAUCUCGUAUCCCGCUGUCUCCUAAGUUAGACAUCAAUGGGAAUCAACAGCCAAGGGAAACGAAUGCCGAAUGA